CGAUCGAGGACAAUAAAAUGUCUUUGGGUGUCUGUGAUUGGACCGGUCAUUGACUGGGGCUGACUGAUGUUUUUCCAACAGGAGAUAUUUUGGUGAGAGAUCUAUACGAGUUUGUUGCUGCUCGCGGGAGGAGAUUCCAGUAUCUCCAUGCGCCGCACUCAACACUGUGAGGUUAGAAUACGUGACCGCAAAAACAGUUUUAUGGAUAUAUUCUAAGUUAAAAUGUUCUCGAAUAUUUUUGUAAAACUGCUGUUUCAUGGUAUUUACAUUUCAUGGUGUAGUACAGAUGUGCACACCUACUCAACUAUAUUACUUCUGUGUUUUCAAAUCUUUCCAAAUGGACAUUGUGCGUUUUUUGUACCCUAUUGGACCGGAGUAGCCUAUACAGUAGGCUUCUAAUACUCUAGUGCUGUCACGCUCUCACCUCCUGACAAUUCUUCAUGCAGACGGGUAUUGUUGAAUGCAUGUCAUUUUUUUGUUAAACAAUAUAGUCUGUAGUUUUUUGUAGAAUGUAAAUUGAGAGUUUGAUAUUUUUUCUGAUAAUAUCCGAAAACAUAUAUAAUUUGAAUAUGUCUCCAAAAUACAUUUCUAAUGUUUUUGGAAAAGACUUGAAAUUGUUGUUAUCACUAAGGAAAAUAAUUUUCCAUUCAGCCUUUAAAAAGGGAUGAUAAUAUAAACAAAACAAUGACAAAAAUGUCUUGGACCAUGGUAAAAAAGUGGAUUGGGUGCAAUAUAUUUUUAUUGGCACUCUUGGCAGUGGGAAUGGCAUUUUCCGGUGUCUUCAACACUUCAGACAAAGAUAUUUUUACGGAUGAUUUGGUGCCUUUCAAACUCACUCAGGGCAAAGCAUCAGAGCAUCGAAAACUUAAAUCUACUGAUUCUCAUCCCAACCUAUAUUUCAACCAAGUGAAUGUACAGGUUUUGAGGCAAAGAUCCUCCAGCACACACAGCCACAUUUUCAAAGUAAUCAGAGCAGCGGUCAUGACCAUGCUAUCCAACAUGCCCCUUUACGUACCCCCUGCAAAACAUGAGGAGUUUACUAGCAAGUGGAAUGAGAAAUACGGGAACAACCUACCCCCCCUCGCUCUGUAUUGUCUGCUGUGCCCAGAGGACUCAGGUGCCCUGCAGUUUCUUAUCAAGUUUAUGGAUAAAAUGGCAGAUUACCCGUCCUGGAAGGUGAUCAGCGCUCCCAAUGACGAGGUGCCCAUGGCACACUCACUCACUGGGUUUGCCACAGCCUAUGACUUUAUUUACACUUUCCUUGAUGAGCACAGACGGGAUGUUUACCUCAAGAGAAUUCGGUCUGAGACAGAGGAGCUGUAUGAGACGUCUAAGUAUAGGGUUUGGGGGAAACAGUAUCUCCAAAAUCACCAAACCACUAAUAUAUUAGCUAUCUUGACUGGGGCUAUUGUGGUCGGCACACAUGACGACCCAGCAACAAUGGUCUGGAAACAGGUAUCAGUCAAUUAUAUGGAGAAGACCAUGUUUCUCCUAAACCACAUUGUGGACGGGUCACUAGAUGAGGGUGUGGCUUAUGGAAGCUACACGGCCAAGUCUAUCACGCAGUAUGUGUUCUUAGCUCAACGUCAUUUCAACAUUGACAACACACAGAACAACUGGCUGCGGGAACACUUCUGGUUCUACUAUGCCACCCUGCUGCCAGGCUUCCAGAGGACCGUGGGCAUCGCCGACUCCAACUACAACUGGUUCUACGGCCCAGAAAGCCAGCUGGUAUUCCUAGACACAUUUGUUAUUAGAAAUGGCACUGGGAACUGGCUCGCCCAGCAGAUUAGAAAGCACAGGCCCAAGGACGGUCCCAUGGGCCAGUCUUCUGCCCAGUGCUGGACUACCCUUCACACGGAGUACAUCUGGUACAAUGCCCAUCUCACGCCACAGCCUCCCCAUGGCUUUGGCAAAGCCAGGAUGCAUAUUUUCUCCAACUGGGGUGUGGUGACGUAUGGAGCUGGGCUGACCAAUGGUCAGGGUAAUACAUUCGUCUCGUUCAAAUCUGGAAAGCUAGGUGGCCGUGCUGUGUAUGACAUUGUUCAUGCAAAGCCAUAUUCAUGGCUGGACGGCUGGAAUAGCUUCAACCCAGGGCACGAGCACCCGGACCAAAACUCCUUCACUUUUGCCCCUAACGGACAGGUAUUUGUGUCUGAAGCACUUUACGGGCCUAAGUACAGUUAUCUGAACAAUGUGCUGGUGUUUGGCCCCUCUCCCAGCAGCCAGUGUAACGCCCCAUGGGAGGGCCAGCUGGGGGAGUGUGCUAAGUGGCUGCGCUGGACAGAUGAAGGGGUGGGAGAUGCAGCUGGGGAGCUGGUCGCUGCCUCCUCCCAUAGAGACACCAUGUUUGUGAGCGGGGAAGCAGUGUCUGCCUACUCACCUGCCAUGCGGUUAAGGAGUGUGUACAGGGCCCUGGUGCUGCUCAAUUCCCAGACCUUGCUAGUACUGGACAAUGUCGAGAAGUGGGACGAUUCACCCGUCACCUCACAGAGUGCGUUCUUCCACAACCUCGACAUAGACUUUAAAUAUGUCCCCUAUAAAUUCAUGGACAAGUACAAUGGGGCGUUGAUGGAUGUGUGGGACGCCCAUUAUAAAAUGUUCUGGUUUGACAGUCAGGGUCUCAGCCCAGACACUAGGAUACAGGAGGCAGAGCAGGCGGCAGAGUUCAAGAAGAGGUGGACACAGUAUCUUAAUGUCACUUUCCCCAUGAGGGGCACAGUAACCAGAGUGGCCUAUGUGAUGCAUGGACCUUAUGUCAAAGUGUCCAACUGUAGAUUUCUGGACAAUAGCAAAAAUGGUGUCAGGCUAUCUCUAAUUAUAAACAACACAGAGAAAAUAGUUUCCAUUGUAACAAACUAUAAAGACAUAGGAGCAAGAUUAAGUUAUUUAGGAUUUGGGGGUUAUGCCAAAAUGGAGGACAGACAUCAGAUAAUUCGAUAUGGCCUGGGGAUGCAACUUGUUCCCAAACAAAACACAGGGGACAAUCAGCUGUUUGAUUUUGGAUUCACAGUCAAUGUGAUAGCAGGGGUGAUACUUUGUGUUACUAUUGUUUUUUGGACUCUGCAGAGAAGGUUCUAUGUGUACUUCAGUAGACUAAUGCGCUAUGUUCUCCUCUCUGUGCUCAUACUGUGGAUAGCUGAGAUGUUGUUUGUGUCGAACACCUGCGAUCAACUCCUCUGUGGCGUCAAAUGGAAAAGUGUCAGCACUGAUCCAGAGGUCAACAAACAAAUCAGACUUUAUGAUCAGCAUCGCUUUCCCCUGCCAACUGUCGUCAUAACGACCCUGCCUGGCUCGGGAUCGGAAAUGCUUAAGCACCUUUUUGACAACAGCUCCGACUUUGUUUACAUACGGGUCCCCACGGAGCACGUAGACAUUCCAGAGACCGAGUUUGAAUUUGACUCACUGGUCGAUGCCUGCGAGUGGUCCCGAUUGGACGCCCUGCGCGGACGCUUCAAGAUCAUUCAGGGCUGGCUACACUCUCUGGUCCACAACACCAAGCUGCACCUGCAGAACAUACAGCUGGUGGAGAGUAGUAAGGCCAAGCAGCCCCAGGGAGCCCCAGGCCUUGGCAGGGACAGGAGGAAGAGGACCAGGAGGAAGGAGCCUGCUGCGGAGCUGAGGGGCAAGAUGAGAGGCAGCCUGGACCGGGACGCAGAAAACGUCAGGGAUAUGAGGCUCCAUGUCAGUGAGUACCCCAACGCCCGUGUGGUCCUCAACAUGAGGAGUGGCAGCUGGGGGCUCAAACUCCCCUUCAUUCAGGAGGUGGUGGGCCCGUCCCUGAGGGCCAUCAAUAUAGUCAGAGACCCCCGGGCAUGGAUCUAUAUCAUGCUCUUUAACAGUAAGCCCAGCCUUUACUCCCUUAAGAACAUUCCCCAACACCUGUCCCUGAUAUUAGAGGAGGAUGGUUGCAGUACCAGAGACGGGUGCUCAGCCUCAGCCCCGGAGUUCAGAAUGAUCCGGAGGCUCCUGGCCCACUCCGAGGUCAACUCUGUCCUCCUGCUGGCCCACCUGUGGCUGGCACACACUGCCGCAGUGCUCAGGGUCAGUGGGAGCCUCCCAGUAGAGGCAUAUCUCCAGGUAAGGUUUGAGGACAUAGUCACUUCCCCCCAGGAGACGGCUGAAAGGGUACACAUGUUCCUGGCGGUGCCAGUCACACCGGCGGCCCUCAACCAGCUCAUCUUCACCACCUCCACAAACUUGUACAACUUGAUGUACGAGGGGGACAUAUCACCAGCUAACAUUAACAUAUGGAGGCAGAACAUGCCUCGCAAGGACAUCAGACUGAUAGAGGACACAUGUGGGGUGGUCAUGAAAAGACUUGGGUACUCCAGGUUUAUCAGCUAGUUACCGCUACUGCUGCAGGUCAGCUGAUAUGAGGUUGUCUUGUUUGUAGCUCUAAUAUAGAAUUUUGCACUGACC